CUAAUAUUACAAUCACACAAUAAAUCACAUAGAAAUGAGGAAAUCAGACUUAAUAGCCUGUGUCGUUACAAUCACAAUCUUAACUUCACCUUUUAAUGUUAUGAUGGUGCAUAGUUUAACGCCAUGUGGAGAAGCCACCAAUGCUUUAAAACCGUGUUUGGCAUACCUAUUAUUUCCAGGUGUUAAACCAACACCAGAGUGUUGCAAAGGCUUAGACACCGUGAAUCGUGGUGUUAAAACGUAUGAAGAUCGUCGAGAUAUGUGCAUGUGUUUGACUAUUGAAGCAUCGAUUUUUUCAACCGAUCCCAGCAAGUUUGCCACUUUGCCUCAAUUGUGUGGUGUUACCUUAUUUGCACCCAUUGGUCCAAAAUUUGAUUGUAACACGUAA